GCGACCUCACAGUCGAGUGCGAGACGUCGCGCAAGUAACAUCGUGUUCCAUGUCGCGUCCUCUUUCCUCAACGAAUUUUUGUUCAAUUUUUCAACGAUCAUCCUUCGAAAUUAUUAUUACUGCGCGAUUUCGAUACUCCUUAAACGUUCCGAGAACGAUCGAAAAAUACGUAACGAAUAAACGAACAGCUAAUUUGUUUACGCGGGAAUUUUCAGAUAACGGGGUCGAACUGCAAACACGUUUGUGUUCGGUAUAUUAGACUUUUCGAGCCCUAAGAACGAAUAUUUACAUAAAAACGACGGCCUGGCCAAUACGGAAAACUGGGAAAUAUUUUCGAACUGUCUUCUUUCAAAUAGCCAAGAAGCGCGUGGGUAGACCUACCGCAACAAGUCUUUCGAUAGCAUCGUUGCUGUUUUCCUUUCCCUCCUGCGAGUAUUAUCCUUUUCUGGUUCGUUAUGCAUAAACAUUGAUCGUUCCGCUACAUAGUAAAAGAGAGCAGCCAAAUAGCAUAUUUAGUGCAAAGUGUACGGACAAAAGUUUUGGUCAGCGUUCACGGCCAACCUGUUAGUCAUGUGGGAACGGUAAAAACCGUUCAGGCAGGAACUCUGGAAGAGCAGUUUCUCGGAAACGGUCGUCAGAAUAGUAAUAACGAUGUAGUGAAACCUGCUUCUCGUCGCUGCACAAGGAUACGCGGUGUUUCAACGAUCGUCCCUUUGAUCGUUCGUGCGUUGUGAUGUCUGCCGAUUUUACUAACGGUGCGUCCUUACGUGUACAUGCAAAAUGAUAUCCUGCUCGAAAAUAUGUUUUCGCGAUUUUUUCAUCGCAACGUUCUGACAUUAUUGGAAGAAAAGAGAAGAAAUUUCUAAGACGAUAGGGACGAGUCGUUUGUUUGUUGGGAUCAUGCGACGAUUUUGGAACGUUUCCGGAGGAUGGAGCGAUGGAAAGACAGGCAUGAGUGCAUUUCUGAUGAACGGGCUUCUAAUGCUGGGCUUCGUCGUAGCGACCAUGCGGGACACGAUGGCCCUUGGAUUUUCCGGACCGACACUAGUCAUGGAUCAGGACAUCCCUUCGAGGAUUUGCAAGUACAGCAGGGGGUACUCGAUGAUCCAAGUUCAUUGCAAGAAUUUAGGCCUCGAAUGGAUUCCUCCGAAUUUGAAGACGGAAAUUCAGGUGCUGGACGCGUCGGUGAACAGAGUGCGGAUGUUAACGAACGACAGUCUGGCGGCGUACACGAAUCUCGCCUACGUUUAUCUGAGCGACAAUUUCAUCCAGGAGAUCCAGGAGGGAGCAUUCGAUAAUCUACGAUACUUGAGGGUGAUCGAUCUGUCGACAAACGGCUGCGAUACCCUUCCUAAGAGUCUCUUCCAGUUACCAUAUCUCCAAAAGAUUUAUCUAGCCAAAAAUAGACUGAGCGACGACCUAUUCAAAAACAUGGAAGUGAAGUCUCCGUUGAUCUUCUUGCAGCUAGCGAAGAACAGGCUUAACAAGAUACCACAGCUGGGUCCGCUUCCCACGCUGUUGCACCUGAACGUUUCGGGCAACAGCAUUGUCUCUGUUUCUCCGGAGGAUCUAGCUUCCUUCUGUUCUUUACAGAUCCUUGACUUAUCUAAAAAUCCGAUCAAAUUCGACGCGAAUAACUGCGAGUGCCAGACGUUGAACGCGUGGCUGCGCGUUCGCGGAAUUCAUUCGCGACCAGUCUACAAUUGCACCGAAGAGCACGAAAGGGGAUGCACGAAACCGGAGUUCAGCAAUAGAACCACGGAACUGUACGAGCAGUGCUCGGAAAUACAGCGGGUGAAAGCGGAGACGGAAAAGGCCAGGAACACGUGGAUAUUGAUCGCCUGUUGCAUCUCUGGCUUCCUCUUCUGUCUGUUCAUUAGCUUGUUUUGGGUGCACAAGAGAAACAAGCGGAAGAAGAAGAAGCUGAAGGAAGAGCAGAGGCUAAACGCAAACAACGCAAAUACCGAGUUACUCAACAGUAAUUUAAACCAAUCGGAAAACACUUGAAACCUGGCCAUAGCGUCCAGUUGUCAAGCAGAGGUACCUACGAUCGAUUCGAUUCUAUGUUCGAUCGACAAAAAACGAACAAAGUGAGAAACAGGAAGACGAGAAGCAGAUGUUAGUUCGUCUAACUCUUAAAACAAAGAAAAAGACAUAUGUCGGAGCGAUUUUUUUUUCUAAAUGUACGUUGAUAUGUAUAAGGUGUUACGUGAGACUUCGAUCUUUCAUGAAUAUGAAAGUAUCCCGUAACAAGUGUGAUCUAAUAAAAAACGGAAGCGAUGGCGAAAAAUGUAGUAGGUAGAAAAUGCGGAAGAAAUUACUUUUGCGAGGCUUCGCGUUCAAGGAAACCGAUACGAAAACUUGCUUCCAACGUAUGUCGAUUCACGAACGUACAGAAGGAUUAAAACGGAUGUUGUCCCUGCUCGUAUUCGCACAGGAUAACCUUGCGAUAAGUUAUACUAUGGGAAUAUUAGGUUGCAGAAAUUCGAUCGAACGCACCGUGUAUUCGCCUGCGAAUUUCUAGUAUCAGUUUCCUGGAAUCUGAAGGCCUCGUUUCUAUGUGUUUCAUUCGGAAUUUGCAAGAUCGAUUUGCUAUCGGUUCGAAA